UUCUCACUUCUCAGUUAUCCCGCACGUGGUUAAGACACACAUGCAGAUGAUCUGAACUGUCGAAUAGUUCAGAUAAACACAUAAGUAUUUAAGUAUUAUAAUUGGAAUCGCAUUUUUCGCGCAUCAAGUACUAAUUCGUUUUGUUUUUCUGCUUAUAAAUAAUAAGACUAAACAAACAUGACGUCUAAGAAUCCAUCAAUUAGCCUACAAGAAGCAAAAGAACAGUUCACAGCAUUGCUCAACUCAUUGAACCCCAUAAAUAAGCCUGAUUUUGCCGAAUUUAUAUUUGAAGAGUUAAUGACGGUUGGUCGUGACGACGCCGACGAGAGUGACUGUAUCCUAGAGCAUAUGAAUGGACAGAAGUGCGAUGGACUGCUUGAUGAUCCUGUGACAGCAUUGAAUACUAUAUCCGAAGACAUAAAGAAAAGAGUUCCCUUGAAUGGCAUAUUGCCAUCAGAAAAUGUGCAAGCACCUACUUAUGGAGAGAAUGCAGAUUGCCUUGCCGAUCUGACAGUGCAUGUGGAUGACUUUUUGUACACAGAGGAGGACAUCGAUGAACUGGUUGAAGAUGGCAAAAUGCAAAGAAAUUAUUGCAAAGACUGCGGAUCCAAAAAUACAGAGCCUCUGAUAUUUAUAUCUCAUUCCAUGUCAAAGGAAGCGAUUUAUCAUAUAUUUAACAACCGUCUUCCUGUACUCGUUGACAAAGUGGUGCUCGACAUAGGUUCUAGAUUAGGAGCAGUACUGUACGGGGCUUACCUUCUGACAGAUGCAGAGCGCAUCAUCGGAGUCGAAAUGAACGAAGAACUCUGCAAUCUGCAAAAAGAGAUUGUGAGUAAAUACAAGAUGGAUGAUCGUAUAGAAAUUCUGCACAAGAAGAUAGAAGAUGCUGAAGACGUUCUCAAGAUUGCCGACGUUAUUAUCUGCAACAACGCCUUUGAAUUUUACGUUUCUGAAGAAAAGCACAUCGAGAUCUGGAAAUUUUUGAAGAAACACAUAAAGAAAGGAGCGAUUCUCAUAACACGUCCAGAAUUGGAAACGACUUUUAAGAACUUGGACACGGGUAUAGAUUUGAAGGAAUGGGUUAGACCUUAUCACUAUCUCACUAGUGAAGACGAUAACGACGAGGAUGAAACUCCUGAGAAGAUUUUGAUGCCUGGAUGCAAUGUUCUGGACACAGUACACAGCGAUUUAGGGUAUUACCAGAUAUUGUAAAUUGGAGCUGUUUUAAAGUGAGCGGGCCAGUCGGAGGCCCGCUCACUUUUUUGCAUUUUGUAAUUCCAAAGUAAAAAAAAAAUUAAAAUUCCAAAUUUCUUUCAGUAGAAUGAUUCGUUAAACUUAAUUAUAUGGCCGGUACAGAGCCGGAUUUCAUUAAACAGUGUUUUUAAAGAUAUUUUUAUAUUUCGUUCACUUUGAGAAUCGUCUCAUCGUAUAAGUUACAAUAACUUAAAUUUUUUUUAACUUCAUAAUAUUAAGUAAGGUUCAACAAAGCUAUUAUCACUGCUUCGAUAUUAGUUUAAAAAAAGUUUUAUACCUAUUUUUAAAAUGCCGUUUGCUAUGUAUAAUAAUGACAACAAGAUACAAAGAAAUAUUUUGUAGGAGUAUACAAACAUUUCAAUAUAAAAAGUAUAUCCGAUCAUCGUA